AUGCCUACUGUUUCACCGCUUCCAACAUAUCCCCCUGCAAGCGCCAGAAAGUCGCUAUCGGCCUCACAAUUGGCAACUUUCCAUCAGAACAUAUCAAGCGCCCUCGCUGAAAUCCUUGCCCUACCUCCUGCGAAACGAGACACCCCUGCCACCCGUGCUUUUUUAUCCAGCUACAUUAAUGACAUCGCACAUCAAACCCUGCAAUCUCUGAUCUGGGAAGCUCCCCCGUAUUCAGACAACCAUGUACACGCACGCGUCCUGCUCCUUGCGGAGAAGCUAGCCAUCGUACCUUCUUACUUCGAUGUGAAGACACUCUUGGACGUCGCCAUCGCUUACUUUCCUUAUCCAACCCGCGUCCGUGCCCUUUUCGCCGCAGCUCUCACUAGCACGCCAAGCCUUGCUGCUGUAUUCACCUCAGAUAUGGUGCCUGUUCUGACCACUCUUCUCAGUCCAUCCCACUCCGCGGGUUUGUACGGCCUCCGCAAAACCGCACGCUGCUUUGUCAGUCUGCUCUCCGGAUGUCCCCCCGAGCUUGUGCGUCCAUUCGCGAGGGACCAGGAUUUUAUGGUAGGACUGGCACAAGCAUAUGAAGAAGGACUUACGGCACUAGCACGUUCGUACGGUGGACUACGCACGGACGUCGGUGCACGUGAAUUGGAUGACUGGGAGCGCAUCUGGCUUGAAACCAAGGUCGACCUCAUCGACAGCUUCCACAUCAUUGUCACUGUCAUGCUGCAAGACUUAUCAGUUGCGUCCGGCGCAGCGUUGGCAGCAGAGUCAGAACGGACGUUCGGCAUUGUAUUCGCAUUAUUGGACCUCCCACCCCCACCAGUAGUACAAGCGACCGGUACUCCUACCUCUGCUCCUUUCCUCAGCCGAUCGUUGAUGGCCGACUAUCAACACUCGUAUAACUUGUCUAGUACUCUUACUACUGCUCUACGCCGUGCUGCAAGUGAGGAUGCUCGAGUCGACCUCCUCGAAUCCACCCUUCGUUCCUUUGACAUCGAAUCUUCGAACGCUGGGACUAAAGAUCCCGGGGCCCUCAAGCUGAUCAUCAAGUCAUCUGGCGUCCCGCCUGGCAUUUCUGCUUCUCAGAAGAGCAAAGCGGCUCAGUCUUCAAACAAGGGCAAAGCUAAAGAAGUUCGCCCUGCACCUGAGCCACACGAUCUCGACUUGGAGAUCUUGCAGGUCAUGGAAAUUUUCCCGGACCAGUCGCGCGCGUAUAUCCAGACGCUGCUUACGCAAUCUGUGUUAAAAAAUGCAGAAAAGGUCAUCGAGGCGCUAUUGGAGGGCACUGCACCUCGAGAGCCUUUGCUUGCGGAGGAUGUAGGUGUGAGCAAAGGUGCCCAUGCCGUCGUCAAUGAGCCCAUUGAGAGAAGGAACGUGUUUGAUGACGAAAUCUUGGAUGUUAGCAAGAUUCGUCUGGGGAAGAAAAACCAAGAUGAAGCAUCAGUGCUCAGGGACAGAGCAGCCAUCGAGCAAAUGAAAGCUGACAUUCUGCGACGUGCGGAGGCCAUGUCUGACGGAGAUGAUGAUGAUGAUGGCGGUAAGGCUGCCGAAGUGGAUGAUCUUGAAUUUGGGGACGAGGUGAAGGUUAUCGGUGAUGGAGAAGCCAGUAGCGAGGGCGAAAACGAUGGUGACGAGGAUGGGGCACCGCCGGUGAAACCCAAUCCGGAGACUGUUCUGGAACUUGCAUAUAUCCGUGAUCCGGAGUUGUUCGGUAGAGAUGCUAAUACGCGGAGGUCGAAAGCACGCAGUGAGCUUAAAGCAGAGUCCGGCUGGUCUGAUGAGCAAAUCGAAGGAUGGAAAAUCAUGCUGGAACGAAAUCCAAACAAGGACAAGAUCCUACAAAAACACGAGUUUUCUGGGAACAGACCAGGAGAUUUGUCAACCCCUGGAAACGCAGGUGGUUCUGGCUCAUCGUCCCGCGGCGGGGAUCACGGAAGAGGCAGGGGUGGGCGCGGGGCAGGGAGAGGAAGGGGGCGCGGCAGAGGGUCUGGAGACGGCGGUGACGCCAAAGAGCGAGCAUGGAAAGACAAGAACAAAGCUAGCAGAGGGAACAACAAUCGGAAAAGAGGACAUGACAAGAAGAUGGCCAAAGCCGGUGGUCCAUCCUGA